AUGCUUGUGGUGUUUGUUACGAAUGUUCUUUUGGCUGCAAUUAGUUUCGGCCAAUGCAGAGCAGUGAUCAAUCCACAGCAAAGCUUUCUCCUCAAUCCUGGAUCACAGAGUUCAAUUACCAGAGAACUCCAGCUUGGCGAAUUAAACUUCCUACACACAACUGAUACACAUGGCUGGUUGGGGUCGCAUUUAAACCAAGCCAAUUAUGACGCUGAUUGGGGCAACUUUGUAAGCUUUGUGUCGAACUUCAGACACAAUAAAAUCGGACCAUCCAGAGAUCUCAUUUUGAUAGACACAGGGGACAAACAUGAUGGAAAUGGACUCAGUGAUGCUACAGCGGUCAAUGGCGAGGUUUCCACGAAGAUUUUCAACGAGCAAGACUAUGACUUGCUCACGUUAGGGAAUCACGAACUUUACACCGAGGAGAACACCGUUUUGGAGUAUUUUUCAACAGCAAUAUCUGACAAGUUCAAAGAUGCGUAUGUUUCCAGUAACGUUGAGUUUGUCAUGGAAAAUGGUCAUUUGGUGCCUUUUGGGUCGAAAUAUCGUUACUUCAAAACGAAAAAUCGUAAGCUCCGUAUCCUGGCAUUCUCAUUCAUGUUUGAUUUCCAACGUGCCAAUUCGAGAGCCAAAGUAACAUCUGCAAUCGUUUCUCUUCAACAAAAAUGGUUCAAAAAAGUUGUUUCCCAAUAUCCAGAAUCUGAAAUAGAUGUGAUUGUCAUUUUCGGUCAUAUGCCGAUUACCGACCCAGAUAACCACGAAAUUAACCAGGUUCAUUCUGUUUUCCGGACUCAUUAUCCGAACUCGAUAAUUCAGUAUUUUGGUGGUCAUUCCCACGUAAGAGACUUUGCGAUCUUCGACAAAUACUCAACCGGGCUACAAAGUGGGCGAUUUGCGGAGACUUUGGGGUUUUUGUCGAUUGACGACGUCAAGACUAGUUCACCGAAAUUCGAUAGACGUUACAUUGACUUUAACAAAGCUCAAUUUUCGCACCAUUCGGGGUCAUCUUUGCAAACCGAGAAAGGUGCGAAACUAUCGCAGAAAAUUGAUCAUUUAAGAAAAGAGCUGAAGCUCAACGAUGUUGUGGGCUAUGUCCCGUCGACAUUUUACAUGUACUCCAAGCCAAUUGACUCGAAACACAAUAUUUAUAAUCUGCUGACCUCAAAGGUCUUGCCAACCCUCAAGUCAGACAAGACAGAUGAGUCAAAAUCUCGUUUCACCAUCAUUAACACUGGGUCAAUCAGAUAUGACCUGUAUGAGGGCAAUUUCACGAAAGAUACGGAAUACAUCGUAUCGCCAUUUCCUAAUGACUGGAACUUUGUCGAAGUACCGUUUUCGCUGGCCGAACUCGUAGCCGCUUAUUUGAAUGAUGGACCCGUUUUACUAACAUCGAUGCGGCCGCCGGAGGUUCGUAAACGUAAGCAUUUGCCAAGAACAUGCCCCUUCAGAUAUGACCCCGCUCUACGAAAGGGCUACACUACCAGCGAUGACGAUGGGUGCAAUGGAGACGAUGUUAUCCACAACACUGAACUAGUCUUUGAAGUACCCAAUGUCGUGCAGUCCGUGGAAUUGAAGAAUACGAAUGCUGACGAUAAAGUGCAUUUGGUUUUUUACAGCUUCAUUCAGAGGGAUAUCUUACGAGCGUUAAACCAUCUCAGCGGGAAGGAGCAGACAUCUAAAAAAUACACAGAUGCUGACUGUUGCAACUACGGAGGUCCUUCAACUAAGGAGCUUUUGAAACAGUACAUAAAGGGCGUGUAA